AUGCAAAACUUACCUAUAGAUAAUAUAAAUGCGAAUAAAGUAAUACAAAGUUAUUUUAAUUUAUAUUUUGAUAAUAAAUUUCAAGGAUCAAGAUUGAUAUCUCCUAAAACAAGAAGUUUAUUAUUAAAAAAAAUCUAUGUAAGUAAAAUGGAAACAAAACAUACAAAUUCUAAAGCUAUAGUAACUUUAUACACUAUUAAUGCAGAGAAGAAUAAUGUAUAUCAAGAAUAUUUUAAACAUUUAAAUGAUUGUGAAGAUGAAUUCUUAACUUUAUUUAAAGAUGAAUUAAAAAACAUAAUUCAUGGUGCUAAAUCUUCAGGAGCCCAGGAGUUACAAGCUAAUACAAAUAAUAUUACUUUAGUAGCCUUAGGUUCUAAAAACGAAGAUCAAAAACAAAUUCUUUUUUCUAAAUAUAAAUUUUUAACAGAGUCUUUAGAAUGUUUUAAUUUAUAUUUAAGAUUAUAUUUAAGCAUCCAAUUUAAAGAAUCAUAUUCGGAUAAAUUGGAUUUAUUAAGAAAAUACGAAUUAAAUUAUUAUUUAAAUAAAUUGAAAUUUGAAAAUAUUUACUUACAUAAAUUAAGUAGUAUUUUAUCUAAAAUUUUUAAUAAAAAUAUCGAAUUUAAUAUAAUAAAUUUGAAAUCUUUGGCUUUUAACCCUGAAAUUUUUACUCAAGCUUUAACUUUAAAAUUAAGAAAACCUAAAUCUCAGGUUAUAAGAGUAAUGGAUAGUUUAUUAAAAGUAGCCAAAUUACCUCAAGUUAAUAGAAUUCAGGAAAAAGCUAUUAUGGUUAAAUCUAAAGAUUUCUCUUUAUUACAAAAUGCUUAUCCUAAUUUAAGUUUAGUUUCUAUAUUAAAGGACUCUAAAUUAAUAAAUUCAGGUUCUUAUAAUUCAUUAUUGGAAGCCAAAUCUUAUAAUACUAUAGCAGCACAAACUUCAGUUAACGACUCACAGCAUAGUAGAUACUAUAGCAAUAUUUCUAAUAUAAUAUUUAAUUCUAUUAAAUAUAAAAAUUUAGGAGGUGUAAGAUUAGAAGUUAAAGGAAGAUUAACAAGACGUAAUAGAGCAGAUAGAUCUGUAUUUAAAUUUAAAUGA